GCGUCGCAGCGUCAGUGGCGUCGUCAGAGGACAUGCGCCUCAGCUUCUCCUCAGAGGACAGGGCAUAAUUUGCCAGAGAAAUACCAUGGUUUGGAGAAGCUUGGGAUUCUACUUCAUUGGUCUCUAAAUACUCUUGAGAGAAAACAAAAGGAACAGAGGUUCGUCAUAUGAAGGACAUUCAAGUGGAUGUGACCCCGAACCUGCAAUAGGGGCUCAGUGAGGUGACAGACAUCCUGUAAUGGAUCUCCAGCUAGUGUCUGAGGACCUGGAGAAGGCUGUGUCUACAGCUGUGGGGCAGGACAAGUAUGGUAUAGCAGGUAACCAACCCCACCCGGGUCUUACCCCCUAGGACUUACCCUUUGCUACCGGCUACCACCGGUCGUAAUACAAUGGGACUACUGAAUAAGCUCAGGCUUUCUAGUCUGAACAGGCCGUUCUUCUCUUUCCUCAACUAAUUGAAACGUCAGGGACAGACAUCCUGAACGACUCUGAUGUCAGACCUCCCAUCAGCCCUCUACACCUCGCUGCGUACCACAGUCACCACCAUGCUAUGGAGGUCCUGGUUCAGUCUCUGCUGGAUCUAGACGUGAGGGACAGCCAGGGGCGCACCCCUCUGGACCUGGCUGCCUUAAAAAGCCAUGUGGAGUGUGUUGACGUCCUCAUCAACCAGGAAGCCUCCAUCCUGGUUAAAGACUUCACUCUGAAGAGGACCCCCAUCCACGCUGCAGGUGGUGACGGGUCACGAGGAGUGCAGCACAGCGCCAGCUUCCUGGUUCGGGAAGGUAAGGGGCGGAGCCAUGUCCACCUGGUGGCGGCGUCCGGACACAUCGGGGUGCUGGGGUGGCUCCUACACACCGCCCAGUCAGUGUGGACCCUCCCCGUCAACACAGACAACCAGGGCUACACGCCACUACACUGGGCCUGCUACAACGGUACUAACUGGACAGAGGGACAGCGAAGUGGGCCAGAGGCCACAAACAAAUACACACAUAAACAUAGCGUGGCUUAAAUUACCACAGCCAGCUUCGGGAGGGCACGAACCAAGCCAUCCGCACAGGAACCUUAAGAGUCCCUCAGACAGCGAGAGAUAAGAGGGAGGGAUAGGGGGAGGCACAACAGGCCCACACUCAUCCUCUCGUAACCACCAGGUUCCCUUCCAGCAGAUACUGGACUUCAGAGGAACUGCUGCUGCUAUACCCCAUCUUUACCUUUACCCACAAAGGUCCUAAACGGUAGAAAGUGUCCGGCCAACAGACCGACGCACACCUUAUGACGGCAAUAACCUGUAGUCCAAGGGGAUAGUAGCACUUCACUGAGAGCAAAACAGACAGGGACCAAAAGAUGUGGAAGAAGCAUUUUCAAAACCUGUUUUGACUGUAGAAAUUGGGUGUUUGUGUUGAGAAAAGACAGGAGUGAUAUUUCAUUUAAGUUUCAUGAGAGUGAUUGUCAUGUUUAUCCGCACACUAAGACAGAACGCACCUAGCCUCUUGUCUGUAAUCCAUGUGGGAGGAGGGAAAAUCAUACAUUUUGUAUGAACAAAUAUUUUAGUAGUAAUUGUAAAGAUUUAAUGCAUCCCAAAAGGAACCCUAUACUGAAUAGUACACUACUGUUGAACAGGGUCCAUAGGGUUCUGGUCAAAAGCAGUGCCAUUUAGGAUACUGGUAUGUGAGCAACAGGACUUUUUGAAGGGACAUAUUACAUUUGCGUUAUUAAACCUACCUGUCCUUUGGCCUCUAGAAAGUAUUUUAGAAAGUAAAUUAUUAAUUAAUGUAUUCUUUCUUGUGAUAUAUAACUUCUUCAAAAAAUGAAACCUCUCAAUCAUUGUUUGUGAUUGAAUGUUCAUAUCCCCGUUUUUGUCUCUUUUUGAAAAUAAUUUUAACUGGAAAUAUGUGCAAUACAUUUGCUAUGUUCACCAAAUCAGCAACAAGAGAUUCACAGGUUCACAGGUUUUUCGUGUCAUUAUCAUUCUUUUAAACGGAUGAAACUAGCAUGUACAUAUGAAAUGGUGACUGAAUUCGAAACUCCCAUGAAUUCUUUCAGUAUCUGAAGUUUGCUGUAUAUUUUAUGAGUAAUAAAUGUUAUUUAAUGAUGAACUCUGGGUUAUCGGUGUGGGUUAUGUAUUUUAUUUUAUUUUGCAUUGCGUCCACAACAUUAGAUUUUUAAGGGCAAUAGUAGCCUACAUUUGUGUACAACUCGCAGGAUUUCCAUGCGUGAGCUUUCAACCGCUCAGGGCGUUGCAUCAGCACGAGAUUGGAAGUGCGUCAAAUCUGUACAGCAUUGUUACGUCAUCACUGAUAAACGUUGAAACUGAUGAGAAACCGCGGGAGCAGUUCAGUCUGAUUCUCGAUAGUCCUGGAGGAGCGUUCAUUUUGGCAAGGAAAUGUGCUGAUUUUGCAAGGAUGUGGAGAAGAAAGAGUUCAAGGAGUCAGAGGUCAGUGGGAAUGACCUCACCCUCAUAGACCUGGAUGACCCCAUCAAUGACGGUGAUGUUAUGAAGGAAGAAGAAGACAGAUCAGAUAAAGAUCACAGAGAGGUUGAGAGACAGACCAAGUUGGAAGAGGCUGUUCUAGAGACAGAUAUCCCAACUCUGUCACUAGAGGCUGAUGGAGAGAUUGAGAUGCAGGAGGCUGAUCUGAAGACAGAUGGCACAUCUCAGUCACAGAAGGUUGAAGGAGAGAUUGAGUUGGACGAUGCUGUUGCCAUCCCAUCGCAGUCACAGGAGGAGGCCAAAGGAGAGAGUGAGUUGAAUCGGGUUGAUCUGAAGAGUUCCACAUCAACUCUGACACUGGAGGCCAAAGGAGAGAGUGAGUUGAAUCGGGUUGAUCUGAAGAGUUCCACAUCAACUCUGACACUGGAGGUCGAAGGAGAGAGUGAGUUGAAUCAGGUUGAUCUGAAGAGUUCCACAUCAACUCUGACACUGGAGGUCGAAGGAGAGAGUGUGAUGCAGGAGAGUGAUGAUGUAGAAACAGCCGGGCCAUCUCAAUCCCAGGAGACUGAACGAGUGGCAAAGGCUGCAGUGGUGACCUUCACUACCAUGACCCGCAAGGCUGCAACCUCCCAGACCAGCCUCACCCUCAGCAGGGGAAAGAGAAGCUACCCAGACCUACACACCUUUGUGCAGGACAUGAAGGAUGGCCAUUGGAAUCUGCUGAGUGAGAAUAUGCGUGCCGGGCUGUUCAAGACAAAAGGGGAACCGAAGAGCCACCCUGAACAGGAUUCUCUGCCUACCAAACGUCUCAGAGAGACUCGUAUUUCACAGGAUGCUGAGUGUGAGGUUCCAUCCACUUCCCCACCCAAGGAGGACCUGACAACCACACUGGCCCCUGCUCCCCAGGAGUCCCAGUCCCGUAAACGCCCUCUCAUAGUCAGGGUGUUACGAGCCAUCUCCAGAGCCGUCUCCAAACCAUUCAGAGAAGCUUUUGGGAAGAAGAAUUAGAAUUAGCCAAAUGCCAGAUUUUAUUACUAUUUUAAUCAGAGCCUUUAUUUAAUAAAACAUUGAUUUGCCUGCAUUGA